AUGGAGGAAGAAAACUACAGGACAAGAGGCUCAAGUACUGAUGGCAGGAAUCCUGAUGGUGGCUGCUGCAUUGCUGCUGCAAAGAAGACGUCUACAGCAACCUCCCGUGCCACCCCAGCCACGAGCAAGAAGACCCAGAACAAUAUGGUUGCCGGUGAAUGGCUUACGAGACGAUCGAUGCAUGGCGAUUUUCACCACCUGCUGCAGGAGCUCAACCGAGAAGACACCAAGGGCUACAAGAACUUCCUCCGCAUCAAACCUGAACUUUUCAGAGAGAUGGUGGACCGGCUUACUCCAAUCCUCGCCAAAAAAGCCACCAGAAUGAGAGAGCCCCUGUCAGUGGGGUUGAAGUUGGCUGUCACCCUCCAAUUCCUGGCAUCCGGCGAUUCAUAUACGAGUCUGCAAUACAGCUUCAGGGUCUCCAAAACCGCCAUCUGUAGAUUCGUACCUAAAGUCUGCCAGGCCAUAAUUGACAUAUACAAACCUGAGGUGCUCAAGUGCCCAAGAACUCCAGAAGAAUGGAAUCAAGUUGCCGAAGGAUUCUCAAAGAGGUGGAACUAUCACAAGUGUGGAGGUGGUCUGGAUGGCAAGCAUGUUCGAGUGAAGAAGCCCUGGCAUGCAGGAUCACUGUUCUUCAAUUACAAGAAGUUCCACAGCAUUGUCCUCAUGGCCGUCGCAGAUGCAAACUACAAGUUCCUGUACGUCGACGUAGGUGCUGAAGGAAGUGCUGGUGAUGGAGGAACUUGGUUCAAGUGCACCCUUCACGAUGCCAUCGCGCAGAAACGAGUGGGAUUUCCAGAGCACAGCUUCCUGCCGAGUGACGACAACGCCAAUCCCAUUCCACGUUGUUGCUGA